GAUGAUCUUGAAUCACUGCCGAGGUUGAGGGUGGCGAAGCGCCGCUCUUGGCAGUGGACUAACAGAGGCCCGUCCCAGGAGCACUUCACAACCAUGCCUCGACCAGUGUUCGCUGCCGUUAUUCUGAUGGUGGUGGUGGUGGUGGAGGCGAUGGCAAAGAAGCUGGAGGGUCACACCCACCAGUCUGCGUAUGGGGCAACACCGGAGGAAACCAAGGAUAUCAAAGCCCGAAGCCAUCAGCAGCCCUUCCCAGCAGCACAAAACCAGCUCCCGUUAGAACCAACGCUCUUGCCCGCCCGUCCUGUUGCUGUUAAAGGCUCGAAGGAGACUGCUGUGGGCCACGCCUCUCGCUUUCCGGCGCAGUUGGGUCUCUAUUCUGCAGUUGGACAGCGUAAGGUGGUGGAUACCCAGGUCAGGUGCCUCAAGACUCACAUGCAGGUCAUUUUCAAAUUCUCCGCUCCUUUCUCGGGUUACAUCUACCCAUACAACCACUUCAUCGAAUGCCUGCUAAUGCAAGGCCGGGGUGCCCAGGAAGCUUCCUUGGACUUGAAGCACGGUACCUGCGGGGACGAGGAAAAUCGGAUCAUUAUCAGAGAUCGGUCCUACCUCGAUCCCGUGAUAGAGCACCGCCUGAUGAUCCAGUGGGAGAGGGACAUAAUAUGCGAAGACGACGUGAGUGUGAUCGUCCGCUGCGAUCGACCAGAGGACUUCAAUAAGACCGUGGAAUGGAAUUUCGAAACACAGCACUUGAGGGCCACACUGGAGCGCUCCCAGCAUCCUGGACCAAAAAUGUGGAUGGAGAUCCAGAGGGGUGAGGGACCCACGGCCCCACCGCUGGGCAACGAGUUGGUCUACAUUGGCGACGUGCUAACUCUUCUUUUCACUUUAACUGAUAACGUUUAUUGGUUUGAUUCCAAUAUUGUAGCCUGCUUUGCUGUGGACGGGGGCGAGAAGAAGGCUCAGGUCGAGUGGGACACAAGCAACAACAAACAAGUAACACAACAAUCUCGAGUGUUCAGCGGCGAGAUGACGGUGAUAGAGGCGGGCUGCUCUGUCAAGCCGAAGAUCUUCUCGCACUUCAUUAAGGAGAAACACACCCGGCCCAAUGGGGACCUGGUUACACUCCAUUACGCGUAUUUCAAGGCUUUCAGAUUCCCAACUUCCACCAAAAUAGUCCUUCAGUGCCACGUGCAGGUCUGCUACAAGACCUGUCCUGAGCCACCGCCUUGCAGCGAUGUCUUCCACCCGCGACGUAGCGAUGAUUCAAAGAGGAGAAGGCGACGAGAGGUGGAGGCCGCGGCGCAGGAAGGUGGUCACGAGAUCGACCAGGUCAACAUGUAUCGCUCAGUGGAUGUCGUAUCCGCCGAGGAGACUGGAGAAAAAAGAGUGUCCGUGGCGGCCCAGACUGAGCAUGCCGAGGACUGCUGUCCGCACCCCACUGCCAACACCACUAACACCGUGAUGAUCGUGCUGCUGUGUGUCAUGCUGGUGUUGGUGCUGGGCCUUGUGCUCGUCAUUUUGCGUGACAGAAAAACCAAACGAGCCUCUCUUGAUGUACAGAAAUAAGCGUGGAUAUUCAAGUGAUAUUUUUAUGUAAGUUCGUUAAGUUUUAUUUAUUAAAGGUUUCUUCUAAA